UUAUCACAACGGAAGAGAAAGUAGAUUUCCCAGAACACUGACGCCUAUAUGUAGGUCAGGUGCACAGUCUUACAACCGGGUGCAGGAGACGCAGUGUGCAGACAUCCUAGAUUCCUAUUUCAGAACCCAAAUACACCCCUCACGUUCCACACAGACAUGGCAACGUUCACGGACAUCAACCGAGACAAGCACGGAGUUGUUCGGGGUAAGUGUCGAGACUGCCCCGAGGACUGUCCUCAGUAUUCCCAGCCUGUCCUCAGACACAACUGUACAUAUUGCGGGUGUCCGGCGGCUCAUCAUGAGAGGGUGGAACCUCGACCUGAACUCAUCAUCAAGAUAGAACCAGGGGAGGAGGGGGCAGGAUCUUCGGGGCGGAGUGAUGACCGACCACCACGCGGUCCGUCGAGAAGAGCCCAGCCAAGUACCUCCAGGCGAAAUGAGUCGCCUACUGGCUCACGAAAUCACCAGGGUACAUCACGUACAGUAAUCCAGAAACGUUGUAAGACGUUAUUUGUGGAUGCUGGCGUCACAUAUUAUCAUCUUCAAGAGAAACUUACAAAAACUCAACGCGGCGUGUUUACAAUCCUAUGGAAGGGAAAAAUAAUUUAUGUUGGGGAGCCAAAGAAGACGCCCCUAUUAACUAACCUUCGUGGUAUCUUUACUGGUGGAAGCCAACAAGACAUCAGCAAGUAUUUGAAAAGUUUACCCAACAAUUUGAAAGAGAAGCAUGUCCGAAUCGUUUGGCUGACACACAUGGAUGACGACCCACACUGCCAAACGUGCAGAGAAGGCAGGAAAAAGCUUUCGUAUCGACAUUGUGUUUCAAAUCUGCAAAGCAAGGAUCCAAGGAAGGUCCUCUUGGAUCUCAAGACAAAAUUUUCACUCCAUUAGAAUCAAAAUGUUUCUCGUGUUUCAACUGACCACUAAUUGUAGUGUUUAGUUUGAAACCUUUCUACUCCUGGCAUCGUCUUUGUAGCUGUAUGUCUCUUUAUCUCAACAGUCUGUAGCAUAAUUGUGGUUUUAAGGAUUUUCUGGGAAAAUAUAUUUUUAGGUAAAAUCCCAACUCCCCAGUAUGCAACAAACCACUCAGGGUAUAACAGAAGAUUAUGAUGUUUGAACAUGUAUUUGGGUGAAGGAAAAUGUCACAUCUCAAAGUUCCUUUACCUUUCAAAGCUCUAUUUACAAGACAUUUCUACAUAUCUUGUGAUAAGAACAUUAUAAUGCUGGGCAGAAUGUGAAUUAGAAUCACCUCAUCAUAUUUUGUGUGAUCCCCAGUAAGGUGCUCUAGCUUUGGUUGCCAGUGGCAUACUGUUUUACUGUCCUUUGUCGAUAGGUAUUAUCAAAUAAUUAACUUGUUUUCAUCGCAAUAUUGCCGAUGCGAUGUAAAAUGUUAAGUCGCUCACUCAUCAUAUUUAGAUAU